AGAGAAACUAAAACUCCAAAAUUCAGAGUUUUUGAUACAGUUAAGGGCACCCCUGCAGAGGUCAUUAAUACCAAACGAAAACAAAAUACUAUAAAGAGAGAGAGAGAGAGAGAGAGGAAUAACCAGUCUCUCCCUCUGGCUGAACCCAAUUCUCUCACAUCUCACAAUGAACAAUGGAGGUGGCCCUGAUCCCAAGAAGAAGAAGCACCAACGCCUCCUCCUCCUCAUAAAUGCCUUAUGCCUCACCUUAGGAGCAACUGGUGGCCCAUUAAUCUCUCGCCUCUACUUCCUCCAUGGAGGCCACAAACUGUGGCUCAGUGCUUUCCUCGAAACCGGAGGAUGGCCUAUCCUCCUCUUCCCUCUUGCUUUCUCUAAGUUUUUCAACAAAACCAACAAGAAAAACCCACAAUCUCAGCAGCAAGAAGGAGAGGAAAGAACCCAUAUAACCUUACCUUUGUUCCUUCAAUGCUCAUUCAUAGGCCUCUUAACUGGUGUUGACGAUUACAUGUACGCUUUUGGUCUCUCUUAUUUGCCUGUUUCGACAUCGGCUUUGUUGAUCGCUUCUCAGCUCGCUUUCACCGCUCUCUUUGCUUUGAUCGUGGUGAGACAUAAAUUCACUGCGUUCUUGACGAAUUCGGUCGUUUUAUUAACUCUGGGUUCGGCUUUCUUGGGUUUGGGAGCUAAUGGUGAUCGGCCUAAAGGUUUGAGUAAUGGCCGGUAUUUUUUGGGGUUCUUCAUGACUCUUGGGGCUGCUGCUUUAUAUGGGUUGGUGCUUCCUUUGAUUGAGUUAAUGUAUGCGAGGUCCAGGCAGAAGAUUACUUACAUGUUGGUUUUGGAGAUGCAGCUUGUUAUGUCUGUUUUUGCAACUGCUUUUUGCGCCGUUGGGAUGCUCAUUAACAAGGAUUUUCAGCAUAUUCCAAAAGAGGCGAGAGCGUUUGACCUGGGAGCAGUUGGGUAUUAUGCAACACUAGUGGGUAGUGGAGUCGCUUGGCAACUCUUCUUUAUUGGAACAGUGGGAUUAAUCUUUUGUGCCAGUUCUGUGGUCAGUGGCAUUAUGAUCGCUUUCUUGAUACCCAUAACCGAGAUAUUGGCAGUCAUUUUCUAUCAUGAAAAGUUCACAGGAGAAAAGGCCAUGGCCUUGAUCAUGUCUCUGUGGGGUUUUGCCUCUUAUAUUUAUGGAGAGAGAAAAGCUGAGUUAAAGAAGAAGAAAAGAGAGGAGGAGAUUUCUAUGGAAACAAGGGUCAAUCAGGUUUAAUUCUUGUUUUUUUUUUAAGGUCAUUGCUAUUUAGUGUUUGUCUCAAUGGAAAAUGUACAAAAGACGUUAGGAUUGAUGUACUUGUAUUUUUCUUUUGAGAGUGGACCAAGCUUUAAUUUU